AAGGAGAGAGGAGGAGGAGAAGGCGGGAGCCCCUAAGACUGGAUCCACUCAUUCAGCAAAUAUUUAUUGGGCGCCUACGAUGUGCCAAGCACUGUUCCAGGGUGCCGUGCAUACAUACAGUGGUGAACAAGUUGAAGUCUUUGCAGCAAGGGGCUCACAUUCUAGUUGGGGGAACAGAAAGUGACCAAGUAGACACACAAAUAAGAUCACUUCACAUGGUGGCAAGCGCUGGGAUGAAAAUAAACCAGUGUAGCAGGGAGGAGAUGAGUUUUGUGGGUCUGGAGGGGUGCAUGGAGAAGGGGGCCUGAGGCAUGACCACCCCUUCCUCCCCGGGGGGACUGCCUGCCCGCCCCCGCAGACACCCAUGGUUCAGUGCCCACCGGGCCCCAGCCUGCCCCAGCAUCCCCCGCGGCGAAGCUGGGUGCCGCGGGGAGUCUGGCCACCAUGCCACCUCCUCUCCUCCUCUUCUUCCUCCUCUUCCUGACUCCCGUGGGAGGCAAGGCCCAGGAACCACAGCUGGUGGAGGCUAAAGAGGGAGACAACGCUGUGCUGCCGUGCUUCAAUUCCCCAGAGGGUCACUCGCAGAAGCUGGCCUGGUUUCGGGAGACGGCAGCUUUCUUAGCGCUGAGCCCAAAGUUACGAGACCUGAGCAUUCAGAAACAGCCCCUGGGCAUCAUGCUGCUCAUCUUGAACGUCACUAACCAGAUGGGGGGCUUCUACCUGUGCCAGCCAGGGCCCCCUUCUCCGCAGGCCUGGCAGCCUGGCUGGACAGUCAGCGUGGAGGGCAGUGGGGAGCUGUUCCGGUGGAAUGCCUCAGACCUAGAUGACCUAGGCUGUGGCCUGGGCAACAGGCCCUCAGAGGGCCCCAGGUCCUUUCCUGGUCACCCCACAAGCUCCCAGCUGUAUGUGUGGGACAAAGACCAACGUAAGAUCUGGAAGACAGACCUUAAAUGUGCCUCAAAUAGGAGCAGUCUGAACCAGAGCCACACCCAAGACCUCAUCGUGGCCCCUGGCUCCACACUCUGGCUGCCCUGUGGGGUGCCGCCCGACUCCCUGGUUAGAGGCCCCGUCUCCUGGACCCACGUGCAUCCCAAGAAGAAACCCUCAUUGCUGAGCCUAAACAUGACGGAGGAUGCCCCAGUCAGAGAGAUGUGGGUCCUGGGCACCCUCAGAGGAGGGGCUGUUCUGUUGCUGCCCCAGGCCACAGCUCAAGAUGCAGGCACCUAUUAUUGUUACCUUGGCAACAUGACCCUGGAGAUAGAGCUGAAGGUCACUGCUCGGUCAGCUGUAUGGCAUUGGCUGAUGGAGACUGGUGGCUGGAAAGUCCCUGUUGCGACUUUAGUUUAUCUGAUCUUCUGCCUGGGUUCCCUAGUGGUCUUUCUUCAUCUUCGAAGAGCCCUGAUCCUGAGGAGGAAAAGAAAGCGAAUGACUGAUCCCACCAGAAGGUUCUUCAAAGUGACGCCUCCCGCGGGUACCGGCGCCCAGAACCAGUAUGGGAACGUGCUCUCCGUUUCCACGCCCACCUCUGGCACGGGACGUGCCCUGCGGUGGGCUGCAGGCCUGGGGGCCGCCGACCCGUCCUCUGGAAACUCACGCAGCCACGUCCAGGAGGCCAGAGCCACCGGGUCCUGGAGCCCGCCGGGAGCGGGCCCAGAAGAAGAGGAAGGGGAGGCCUAUGAGGAGCCGGACAGUGAGGAGGGCUCCGAGUUCUACGAGAACGACUCCAACCUUGGGCAGGACCAACUCUCCCAGGACGGCAGCGGCUAUGAGAACCCUGAGGACGGGGCCUUGGGUCCUGAGGAUGAAGACUCCUUCUCCAACGCAGCUGAGUCUUAUGAAAAUGAGGAUGAAGAGGUGGCCCAGCCAGUCACCAGGACAACAGACUUCCUGAGCCCCCAUGGGUCAGCCUGGGACCCCAGCAAGGAGGCAACCUCCCUUGGGUCCCAGUCCUAUGAGGAUAUGAGAGGGAUCCUGUAUGCAGCCCCCCAGCUCCGCUCCUUUCGGGCCCAGCCUGCCCCCAAUCAUGAGGAAGAUGCAGACUCUUAUGAGAACAUGGAUAAUCCCGACGGGCCAGAACCAGCAUGGGGUGGAGGGGGCCACGUGGGGACCUGGAGCACCAGGUGAUUCCCUUCAGUUUCUUCUACAUAGCCUGGGCCUCCUCAGGCCCCUGAGAUCCAUACCUGACUCUGAAAUCUGGGAGCCCAAGCAGAUGGUGUCAACCUCUGGAACGAUGUUGCUCAGGAUGUGUGUACCUGUGUGUGUGUACACAAGCGAAACUUUGGCCCCCUUUGUGCUCCGAAUAAACUUAAUGAGCUCUUCCAAUCCUGUGAUGUAGUGCCCUUGUGUGGGAGGGGAAGGGAAGAUGAGGAUGGGUGUACUCCCAUCCCCUCUCGAAUCCCGCAGAGGAGAGAGAGCUACAUUCCAGUUACAACAGGGCCUUUUCCCUCCUGUGGCUAGGCCUGCACUCAUUUCCCUCAUUUGCCUGCCAUUCCCACCCUCCAGUUAUUCAAUCAUUGUUCAUCCAGCGGUUGUGUGCUGGGUGCCCAGUGGAGAGGAAACAAUCCAGGAGUCAUCCCGGACAUAAUCCUUACACUAACCUCAUAAAGUUAUUGAGCACUUAUGUGCCAGGAUUGUGUCAAAGUAUUUUAUAUUUACGUGUAUUCGCAUAUUUUAUCUUCGCAGACAACCCUAUUUCAUAGAUGAGGAGACUAAGGCAGAGAAGCUAAAUAACUUGCCCAGGCUCAUCUAGUUAAUAAGUGCUGGGGUCAGGACUUAAACUCUGGCAGUCUAAUUCCAGAGCCUAUAUUCAUCUUGACA